CCAGUCCAAAUCUUCACCAGUCACUUUGGAUGUUCUUUAUGCUCCCAAAGAUGUCCAGCUUGUCAUUGAAAAUGAACAGCUGCCCAUAAAGGAGGCAGACACCAUCAGGCUAAACUGUUCAUUCAGUCACAGUAACCCUAGCAGUGGUAUCUCAUACAAAUGGUAUAAGGAUAAAUCAAGGCUAUCAAAUCAAGGAGACCUGCUGAUCUUCCCUGCAAACUUAGAACAGGCUGGUGAUUACACCUGUGAAGCCUGCAAUACUGUAAAUUGUGUUCCAGCUCAACCAGUCACUGUGGAUAUACACUAUGCCCCCAAAGGGGUCAAAGUUGUGCAAGAACUAAAAACGAUUCGUGAAGGCAACCGUGUUAACUUGAGGUGUGAAGUGGCAAAGGCAAAUCCCAAAGUUGACAGCUACAGAUGGUACAAAGAUGGGGUACAGCAAUAUCUGGAUUCUGCACCUGCUGUGCUGACCAUCUAUCACGUGACGUCAUCACAUUCUGGCACAUACUGGUGUGAGGCCACUAACAGUGUGGCUACUUCCCCUUCCCAAGAAAUUAGGCUGAAUGUCUAUUAUGGACCUCGCAAUGUCCAUCUGUCUCUGGAGAGGCAGGUGGCAGUGACAGAGGGAAUGGAUGUCUCACUGCUGUGUGCUGCUGAUGCCAACCCAUCUCCUCACGGUUUUGAGUUGUACCGAGACAAAGAAAGGCUGAUGGAAAGAAAUGAACGAAUCCUGCUUCUCCGAAAAGUUCAGGUCGAAGAUUCGGGAAACUAUCACUGCAAAGCAUACAAUGCAAUCUCCGUAGGCGAAUCACAAAUCCUGAUGCUCUCUGUGUCCUACAGCAGGGCUACCAAGCUGAAGCAUGGCAUGACGGGCCUUGGCAUCAUUCUAAGUUUUAUUUGCGUGUUGGGCAUCCUCAUCUUUGCUCUGAAGGCAUGGAAGAAAAAGAGGGGUGCAGGAGCUUCCAGGACAAAGCGGUCUGGCUCGUUUUUUGUGAGGAAGCCGAAGCCGGAACAGCUGUGCAACAACCGAGCCCCUGAAAGAGCUGUCAACUCCUCCCUUGCAUUCCUGAACGAGGGAGCAGAAGAAGCCGUCAGCUACGCAGUGCUUCGCUUCCCCCCUGCUGCAUCUGAGGAGCAAGAUGAUUACGCCAGGGUCAAUGCCCCAAGAGUUGCACUGGAUCCCUCAAAUGAAGAAGCGGUCUACAGUGUGGUCAAGAAACCUGGAGCCACCUCAAAGGGAGACACCAAGCAUGACUAUGAGAAUGUGGUGGCCCAGAAAGAAGAGGAACUGCAUUAUUCCUCCCUGGUGAACCUGGCCCCACGGCCCCAGCUCAUCUACAGAGAUUCAGACUCAGAAUCAGAGGAGAGCAUCCAAUAUGCGGCCCUCAAGCACUGACCUCCUGGGAACCUGUAAAAAGCAUAAGAGCUUCUGAAUGGACUCCUGGGUCUAUAUUACAGCUUGCUUUCAACAGCCUGGUGACAUAGUGGUUGGGAGGUGGGUAGAGAAGACAAUCCAGGCUGAAUCAAUUUUGCCUGUGGCAGCCAGAACAAGAGUGGCAGAAUGUGUGUGGGGCAGUGAUGCUCUGGGAGGGCUUCUGGAGU